UGUCGAUCUACAUAACUUGAAAUUUUCAUAUUACAUCGACUGUUUGUGACCUCAAAUCCAGAACACUAAUCCCCACUGGGUUCAUGACUCAUGAUAUCUAUUCACAUUAGUCAACUUAUUUCCUUGUUUUAUUAACUUAAGUACACGGUAUAUCUAUCUAUAUCUAUCUCAUUCUCCAUUUCUCCCGGCUAUUUAUUCCUCCUAUUCACAUUCUCCACCAGGGUCUUUCCUACACGAUUCUCAUAGUAGAACUCCCAUCUCAAAGCCUUUGCAAGCAUUCAAGUUCUUCACCAUGCCUGCUAAAAUUGCUAUCAUUACAUAUUCGAUGUAUGGACAUGUGGAUACAUUGGCGGAUUCAGUUGAAGAAGGUGUCAAGGCAUCUGGCGCUAUUCCUACUCGAUUUCAAUUACCAGAGACUCUUCCUGCAGAAGUAUUAGAGAAAAUGUACGCUGCGCCAAAGCCUUCUCAUCCUGUGUUAGAGGAUGUGAACACACUCAAGGAAUUUGAUGGUUUCCUCUUUGGAUUCCCCACUCGUUAUGGUCGUACUCCAGCUCAAGUCUCUAUCUUUUUUGAUAAGACUGGUGGAUUAUGGAUGUCAGGAGGACUAGUCGGAAAGUUUGCUGGGAUCUUCACCAGUACUGCUAGUCAACAUGGUGGUCAAGAAACUACCGCUUUAACAACCCUUCCGUUUCUUUCCCAUCAUGGUAUGAUAUACGUACCUAUCGGUUACGCAAACGCAAACCUACAGGACAAUGGUGAGGUCCUCGGAGGCUCCGCUUGGGGAGCGGGAACCAUCGCUGGUGGAGAUGGUGCAAGAAAACCCCAUGCCAAAGAACUUGACAUUGCAAACCAUCAAGGAAAAUCUUUUGGUACGAUCUUAAAUCAGUUCGUCGCUGGGAAGUGAGUAGGUGAUCCUACACUUUAUUUCGAGUUUUUUUUUCCCUUGAAUACUUUUACAUUUCUAUUCUCGUAAAGAAGAUGUUUGAGAACUGGUUAAAUACGAUUGGUAUUUAACAAAACCAAUUUUUGCUGGGAUUGUUUUUUCCAGCGAGAAAUGUUAUCAUGUUUUACAGCGUU